AUAUCCAGAUUGUCAGUGUUAAGCCAGUCGCCCCUGAACGGCCAGAGUUUGCAGGCAAGGAUGUGCCCAGUGAAAUCACUUCUUUCUACUACGAUAAUGAGGUUGAUAUGUUCCAGUUUGAUAGGCCAUACCACAGGGAAGGAAAGGAUAAAAACAAUGAAUUUAAGACAUUGUGCUUGGAAAGGACCAUCAUGCAAACAAGCUACAAGCUGCCAGGAAUUCUCAGAUGGUAUGAAGUAACCAGCACCAAGGUUGUCCAUCUUGGACCAGUGCAGACUGCUUCAGAUACAGUCAAGCAGAUGAAUGCGGAGCUGAAAUCCAGCUCAGAGAAUGCUGAGGCAGAUCCAGAACACUGCUUGAGGCAUUUGGAGAUGAGGCUGCAGGGAGUCAUCAGUGGGGCUGUCAAUGGUGGCAUUCCCAAGUAUCAAGAGGCAUUUUUCAAUAAAGAGUACAUUGCUAAUUAUCCUGAUGAAACACCUUACAUUGAAGAACUGAAGUCAGAUAUCCUUGAACAG